UCUGAAACAUCGCGAUACUUCAGUCUUUCCUCACGGCAGCAGCUUAGCUUAGCCAUCAACUCCGCAUGAAGAGAAACUAAGCAAACAGAAGAGAAAGAAUCCCCUUCCCCUUUUUGCACAAACUGACUUUCCACCAUCCUUUAAAAGAAUCCAAACACAUUUUUUUGGCUGCUGCCGGCCUCAUUUCUUAAUCUUGGCUGCUCUUUUGUGGCGUCAUGUCUCAGAAGUCGCAGUCAGACGGCGGUCAGAAACAUUUUGCUGCCGGUCGAGGACUUCUGGCCGCCGCUGAGACUUUAAACUACAGCAUGAACGAUCAGAGAUCCAAUCGGCAAAUGGGGGGAAUGUCAAUGUCCUCAGGUGUUGGUAGUGGUGUUGGCAUCAUGGAGAACCAGGAGGGUGGUGGUUCCCAAAUGUCGCGUCGAGGCCAUAUCAGCAACACCAUGAAGCUUUUUGCCAGUUUGGGUCUUUCUCCCUCCGACCUGGACGCUUUGGCUGAUAUCCCCGAGGAGGAAAUCAGCGUGGAAUCACUGCCUCGAAUCCUCAUGCAGCUGAAAAGCCGAAAAGUGGACGUUGGAGAUCGGAGAGCGACUGCUUCGAGUAUGAAUUUGGACGCAGGGUACCGAGGAGGAGGAGGAGGAGGAGGAGGAUGGGAGGGGAGGAUGGGUUCUUCUUCUUCUUCUUCUCUUGGUUCUUCACGGCCCUCUGCAGACUUUGGGUUCGGAUCGAUGCAGGAUUCGAGCCAGGGAUUUGGGGUAAACUUCGGAGGUGGUGGAGGUGGAGGAAGAGAAAGGCAGUUUUCUGAUCUUUCCGAUCGAGAGUCCUACGGCGGUUCGACCCCGUCCGACCCCUUCCUGCCGCGGAGGAUGGGAGCGCUGCCGUCCAACGGGAAAAUCCAGGACUUCUUGGGAUCCACGCCCAACAUGUUCCCCCACGUGUGCUCUCUUUGUGACUUUGACGUUCACUCCACCAUGGAGUGGAACCAGCACAUCAACGGACUUCGACAUGAUGAAAACCGCCGGCAGCUGCUCAACAUGUAUCCUGACUGGGACCCUGGCAUGUCCUCCGGCAGAAGUGGGGGGGGUCUCCUGCGCCCCAACAUGUCUGAAGGGCUGCUGGGAGCUGGACCCUCGUCUCAGACCUCCAGCUGGGGUGCAGGAGGAGGAGGAGGAGGUACCGAUCUGUCAGGGAAGAACCCGCCGCCACAGGAUAAGCUGAGGAGCAGGGUGGUGGUGGUGAAGUACGACAGGAAGCCGCUCAGCAACAAAACUCUGUUCGCCUUCACAGAGCCCUUCGGACGCCUGAGGGAACACCUGGUGCUCAACAACAAGGCCUUCCUGGAGCUGCACAGCCACGAGGAGGCUCUGGACAUGGUGAACUACUACCAGCAGCACCAGGCCAAUCUCUACGGGAAGCCCAUCACCUUCUACCUGUCCCGCAGACUGCAGGUCAUCGAGAAAAACAACCGAGGUUCAGACCGGUCGGUGGAUCUUUCGAUGGAUCGUCCGAUGGAUCGUUCGAUGGAUCGUCCGAUGGAUCGUCCGAUGGAUCGUCCGAUGGAUCGUCAGAUGGAUCGUCCGAUGGAUCGUCCGAUGGAUCGUCAGAUGGAUCGUCCGAUGGAUCGUCAGAUGGAUCGUCCGAUGGAUCGUCAGAUGGAUCGUCCGAUGGAUCGUCAGAUGGAUCCUCCAAUGGACCGGCCUGUGAGGCAGGUCAAAGGUCAAGAAAGUCAGGUGGUCUUCUUCAACAACAUGCCCAGAGAGGAGGAGGAUAAGAAGGAGCUGCUGACCAUCGCGGCUCGAUUCGGAGAGGUGGAGAAACACCUGUUCCUCACAGACCAGGCGUUUGUGCAGCUGGGGACUCCGGAGGACGCGGAGAUGCUGGUGAAAUAUUACAACGUUCACUCUCUCACCAUCAAGGGCCGACCCAUCCGCCUCAACAUCUGCACCAAGUACAAGACCCUCAAUGUGAACAAGAAACUUGGAGGCGCUCGAGGCCCAAGGACCGGAGGACCAAACGCCUCCAGAACCUCCUCAAACGCCUCCAGAACCUCCUCAAACCCCUCAAGAACCUCCUCAAACCCCUCCAGAACCUCCUCAAACCCCCCCAAAACCUCCUCAAAUCCCCCCAGAACCGCCUCCUCUUCCUCCAGGUCCAGAUCCAGGAGUCGGGAGGAGAGGAGGAGGGAGGAGGAACCGAAGGCUGAGGAGGCUGAGGAGGCUGAGGAGGAGCAGCCGGCGGCAGGAGAAGAAGAGGAGGAGGUUUCAGGAGUCAUGGAGGGGGAGGAGGAAGAGGAGAAGGAGAAUGAGGAUGUGGAGGAGGAGGAGAAGGAGGAGGAGGAGGAGGAAACGGUGAUGGAAACUAUGGAGGAGGAACAGGAGGUCAAACAGGAGGAGGUUCCUGAUGAUGUCACUGAUGACACACCUGUUGAAGUGGGCGGGGCUCCAGGGGAGAUCACGCAGGGGGCGGAGUCAGAGGCCGCGCCAGAACCCGAAGUCUCUGCAGAAGAAGAACCGAACGCAGAACCAGAGGAGAACCAGGAGGGAGAACCGCCUGCUGACAGCUUUGAGGAGGACUUCCUGGAGAACAUGGAUGACUUUGUGACGUUGGACGAGCUGCAGGAGGACGAGGAGGAAGAUGAGGAAGAGGAGGAGGACACCACCGACAACUCCAGGAAAGGGGGCAUGAGGGUGGUGAACAUCGUGGGCUUCAGGCGAGGUUAUAAGUUCAUGAACGACCUUCUGGCCCUGGCCAAGCCGUUUGGGAAGGUGGUGAAACAUCUGGUGCUGGACCUCAGACCUGAGGCGUAUCUUCAGUUUACCACAGAAGAAGAAGCUCGAGCUAUGGCUACCUUCUACAGCUGUAAUGUGACGGCUUCUAUCUGCGGUCGACCAGUGAGAAUCAGCCAUUCAACGAGCUAUCCUACCAUCCAGUGUGGAUCCAGUAAAGUUGUUUACCUCGGUCAGAUCCCGAAGUGUAAAUACUCCGACGGUGACGUCCUGAAACUGGCCGAACCGUACGGAAGAGUCCGGAAGUAUUUCCUCAACCGGCUGAAGAGAGAGUGCUUCGUGGAGAUGGAUAAGGCGGAGGAAGCGGAGAGAAUGGCUGAAGAUUGCAAAGAGAAUCCUCCGAAGUUCAACGGGAAGCGACUCACGGUUUAUGUCAGCAGGAAGUACCGGCAGCUCAAACACGGACAUCAGUGUCCGAGCAGAAGCAAGAGGGAGAGCAGCGGCUCGUCUCCACAGCCCUCCAGAAGUCCUGAGGAGCCUGCAGCCAAGAAAUCUAAAGAGGAGGAAGAGGAGGAGGAGAAACUAGAGCAAGAGGAGGAGAAACAGGAGGAACUGAUGGAGGAGGAAGAGGAGAAGAAAGAGGAAGAGGAGAAGGAGGAGGAAGAGGAGAAGAGCUGUGAAGACGAGACCAAAGCAGAAACCCCGGCAGAAAAAACUCCUGACGUUUCUGAACCGGAACAGAAGAGCUGCCAGGAGCAGGUGAUAGAGACAUCGACCAAUCAGAACGGAGACACCGAGGCCCCGCCCCCUGCUGAAAUCAGACCAAUCACAGCGUCUCUGCCGCUGCCUCCCCACGACCCCGACACCCCCAUCGGUGUGGAGCACGUGAAGAUGGGUUUCUACUGCCGCGUCUGCUUCCUGUUUUACUCCAACGAGGAAACAGCCAAGAAGACGCACUGCAGCAGCCGAGCGCACUACGACAAGCUGCAGAAACACCUGGAGAAAGAGCAGAGCCGCGCGGAGAAGAAGAAAGGGAAGAAGACCACGUCGUAGAAAAAAUAACUUUUUAUUUCAGAUUGUGUCCAUACGCUCACAUGUCCAUAGAUCUGUCUCACUCUCACAUGUCCAUAGAUCUGUCUCACUCUCACAUGUCCAUAGAUCUGUCUCACUCUCACAUGUCCAUAGAUCUGUCUCACGCUCACAUGUCCAUAGAUCUGUCUCACUCUCACAUGUCCAUAGAUCUGUCUCACGCUCACAUGUCCAUAGAUCUGUCUCACGCUCACAUGUCCAUAGAUCUGUCUCACUCUCACAUGUCCAUAGAUCUGUCUCACGCUCACAUGUCCAUAGAUCUCUCACAUGUCCAUAUUAGGAGUUAUAAUGAACAGCUGAUACGUUCACAGAAACCUUUUAAGUAAAGAUAUCUUUGUUGCAUCGAUGUUCAACAUUUUGGGUUAGCUUAGCUUAGCAUAAUGAGUGUAAACGGAGGGAAACUGUUAGCAUGGUUUGUGGUGGAAGUAACGCUUACAUCCAGACAGUGUAUCCAUCCGCUGAAUGACAGAGAGAAAGUAGUUCCAGCGUGUUGUUAGACUUCACUUUCUGUACACUAACGUCAUCGUCUCACUUUCUCUUUUGGAUGUUUUUUAUUUUUAAAUAAACCAGUCGAACAAAA